AUGCCUGCUGGUGAGUCCAAGGGGGUCUUCGUGGCUUUCGCCAGCUGCGGCCUCCUCGUGGUGCUCGUGCUCUUCCUCUCCACGCUGGCCCUCAGUCAGCUGGGAGCCUUUCCCUGGACCGGCGGCCACGGACACGCGUUCGCCAAGGUCGGACAUCCGGGGGACGCUGCCCAGAUACAGGAUUUGGUCACCCCGGAGGACAGCUCGACCACGGAGGCGCCACCAGUACACCGCCCGGUCGUGCCUCGAAACAGGGACCGCGGAUGGUUUCCGUUGCUGCCCACCGAGCUGUACACGAACGCAAGCCACCAAUAUUUCUGCUUCUACCAGGCGCGUGCUGAGAGGCCCGAGUCGGCGGGUCUGCUCUUCGGCCUGUCACUGUUCCCCUACCAUCUGUGCACGCACGCCGUGUACUGCUGCGCGCACCUGAGCGAGCCAUCGCUGCAGAUCGAGGCGCCCAGCGAUGCGCACGGAUUUCCGCGACACCUUCGCGGCCUGAACCCUCACCUACGGCCGCUGCUGGGACUCGAUGGCAGGAUGCCCGCCGCCAUGAUGAGCGGCUCUGACUGGAUUUUCCUCGAGAGCGCCGUCGUGUGGCUAACGCCCCGAGGGUACCAGGGUGCCGUGCUCCUGUGGAAGAUCUCGCUGGAGACGCUGGCGGCGCGGCGCGGAUACCGCGAGCUCUUGGAGCGCGUGGCCCACCGAUUCGACCGAGAGGGCUUCGUCCUCAGCGUGCUCGUCGACACCGGGGCCAGCCUAGAGCAGCGGCUCGACCUGAGCGAGCUCGACGCGGCGCUGCCGGGCGGCGGUGACCACCCGACGGCCUCCCUCCUGCUGUACCCGAUAGUGGGCGAGCCGCCCGUGGAUCGCAUUCGCGGGGUCGAGGACGCGCGCUCGGCGGUGGUCUACGAGAAGAACAGGCUCCGGGACGCGAUUAAGCAACUGCAGUCGACGCUGAGACAGGCACGUGUGGAACAGCAGUCUCCGUCCACCUCGCUAGGCGGCGCUGAUCGCGGCGACCGUCCAGCGGGCGCAAACCACUCAUCCGCCGACAAGCUGUGCUACGUGUUCUCCUUCGCGGGCAUCACGUACAAGUUCUGGGACAGCAACGCUACCGGCGUCCAGGAGCUGGUGUACGGGCCGGGAGACCCAGGCCCCAGUACCAAGACGCCCGGCGAGCGUGCCUACUACGAAAUCUGCAACGAGGUGUGGGAUUCCAGCCAGGUAUACGAGUUCGGCGUCGUCUCCAAGCAGGGCGCCAACUGGGUCUCACACCUCACCGAGUUCGUGGUACCGCCACUGGCCCGUUACCUGCGCGACCAGUUCGGUGUGCGCUGCUUCGGCGUGUGGAAUGCCUGGCACGACGAUUUCGCAGGCGUCUGCGGGGGCGGACAGUACCCGCUCAUGAGGAACCUUUUCGGCGUCUUCUCCAACCGCCGAUAG